AUGCCGGGCAAAAUAAAAGUGAAAAUAUUAGCAGGCCGGAAUUUGCCAGUAAUGGAUCGUUCUGGCGAUACGACGGACGCAUACGUCGAAUUGAAGUUUGGCAAUAUUACAUUUAAAACGGACGUGUGCAGAAAGUCGUUGAACCCCCAAUGGAACUCAGAGUGGUACAGGUUUGAAGUUGACGACUCCGAGCUGCAGGACGAGCCGUUGCAGAUUAGACUGAUGGACCACGAUACCUAUUCCGCGAACGAUGCAAUAGGCAAAGUUUAUAUAAAUUUAAAUCCAUUGUUGUUACCCGGCGUUCCACCCACGGUUAAAAAUAUCUGGACGUUAGAGGCUGCGAUGAACACCAACGCGGGAUCUCAGAGUGGUACUUAUACUUACCCUGUAAGCUUUGUUCUAGGUUCCGUCAUGACUGGAUGGAUACCGGUGUACGACACGAUGCACGGGAUUCGCGGCGAAGUUAAUAUCAUUGUUAAAGUGGAACUGUUUUCUGAUUUUAAUAAAUUCAGACAAUCUUCCUGCGGACGCCAAAUAUACCUCACGGUUAUCAUACUCAGAGCAUACACGGUUUUGUAGAGGAAUUAGUUGUUAGCGAUGAUCCUGAAUACAAGUGGAUUGACAAAAUAAGAACACCCAGAGCGUCGAACGAGGCGAGGCAAACGUUGUUCUUUAAACUGAGUGGAGAGGUUCAAAGAAAAAUUGGCCUGAAAGCUUUAGACCUUGGUGGAAAUGCUGUUAUUGGGUAUUUGCAAAAUUUUGACUUGGAAGGUGAAUCUGGCAUUGUAGCUCGAGGCAUAGGUACAGCCGUUACACUUGUCAAACUACAGGAUACCUUGAACUUUCCGUCUGACAAUAUAGAAGAGUUUCUUUUCUUUCUUUCUAUCCACCUGCAUGUGUCUGGUGUAGGACAUUCUUUUCACAACACAAAGCACAAAAGGAUGGUACAAGACUCGAUGAAAAUAUGCCGUUGUAUCCCGUUUCUCCCUCCGUGCACAUCCUUGAUCAUCCUGUUCUUACGAGUACGCAUGCGAAGGACACUCUGUCACAUCGUACGAAACUAUCCAGAAACCCUCGACGAGUUGUAACGAAGACCGAAUGCCCUUGCCGUAAAGUGGCAGCUACUGAGAAGUCGUCGAACGAUUCGAAGAAACCAGCUGCAGUUUCGUACCCGAGUCUGACAGAGUCGAUCGUUCAAGAUGCGUCCGUGAGAAUGAUGCUGGCGUUGGAGGACGAAAGGGGCGAGAACAAGAAUAUACUGGACGUGCGGAGAAACUUGAGGAGGCUGUUCAGCACGGCCGAGGCGGAGAGUAAAACGAGUGCAAGAACAGCGAAUAAAGACAUGAAAACGAGAGAAGGCAUGGCCGCCCUUUUGAUAAAGUCCAUACACAAUGUUCCUUUGGAGGAUGUCAAGGAAGAUCAUCAUCAUCAUCAUGAGGCAUCCAGCGAGGAGAAACGUGGGAAUAUUGACGAAUACGAGGAAGGCGAUAUUAAAGACGAUGCUCUAGGCAAUAUUUGUCCUACGAUAAUACCGAAAGAACAGACGAAGAAAAAGUACGACUCGUCGUUCGAAGAGAAUACACCCAGCUCCAAUGGUUUCUCGAACGAGUCUUCGAUCGACAGUGCUGGCUACAAUAUUCUGAACGAUUCGAGAUUCUCAGUGGACGAGGAGUUGGGCGUAAUCGGCCAGUUUAGAAAGCUUCGCAGAGCCGAUACGUUCCCCCCGUUGAAAGGAACGUCGACGCAGUCAAAGUUGCAGAGAACAGACAGCGAUACUCGUCCUCUUCGCGAACAAAGCGCAUCUCCCUCGUUUAUCAAGUAUCUAUCGCUGAACCAAAUAUUGACGUUUAAUCUCGAAUUCCCGGCGAGUUCAGAAAUGAAAAAAGAUCGUCCGCAAACAGCCAAGGCGAGGCUUAAUGAAAGUCUGGAAAGCAACAAUUCUCAGGAAGACUUGAAUCUUCCGCUGGCGACGAGCACGCCCGUGGAAAUUCGAUCUCUUCCUUUCUCCGAAGGUCAAACUACAUCCGACUCGAUUGUCGACGUUGUGAAGAAAUUGACUGUUCUCGUCACUGACACCGAGAGGUGCAAUGAGAUUUCCGUGAUUGAGGAGUACACAUCGAAUGACGUGAACGAUACGAAAGACAAUACGGAUGGAUCGUCUUAUUCUGAAGCAGAGAGACAACGUGCGGAAAGAUUGAAAAAGCACAACGUGUUGAAGUCGACUUUGUCGAUACAGUCACUUCCACUGUCUCUCCAUCAGUUAUCUCAGUUUUCUGGCACUGAACCGAGUGAAAAGCUGACUUGUCUGAACAGCAAACUAACGCCAGAGAUUAUGUCGAAAGCCUCGUCCAGCAUCGAGAGUCUGUUACAGUCUUCAAGCAAUGAAAUCUUCGACGUGAUGCAGAAGAACAGACAGCGUCGCAUGCUGGAUCUGAUUCGGAUAAUUGACACAAAGAUGAUGGCGCAUCCUUGCCAUAGCAACAAUAACGACGGUCACUUCAGAAGGAUGAGACGUGACAGAGCGUGCAGGAACUUCAAUCCCCGGAACUUACGUCAGAACUUGCACAAUCAGUUUCUGAGGAAACGUCUCCACAAUCACAAACGUGUGAAAACCACGCGCUUGUUCUCGUUCUCCAAAGACUCACCCUUGAACGAAUCCAUGUCAACGCUGCGUACGCUCGACUCCUCCUCCUACAACUCCUCUCUCGAGAGUAUAGUCAUUCAUGACGCACCCAUUCAGUCACAUUUAUGCAGAACAACCGAGUCGUCUCACUUCAUAACCAAAAGAUCUACAGUCGAUCCGUCAACUCAUUGUCAGUGCAACGAUACGUUUAAAAGUAAUAGCGAUACGAUAGAGAUGAUGCAACUAAAGACAAAUGAUACUAACCAUACGAUAUCAUCCACACCUGUAGAUCAUGCGGUACAUGAGAGUCACAGCAUUUUCAGUAUAAGUAAAACGUUAGAUGAAAAUGAGUUAACUAAUAUUACUAACACCGCUAAUAUGACUUACAACUCGUGUGUGCCCCCUCCUUCCUCCAAUCACAGGCAACAAGACGAGGCAUCUCUAAGCCCAACUUAUCCACUUCCGGCUGUCUCUCCUGUGGUUUCAAAAGUAUGCCAGUUACCGACAACUAAGGCACAGCCCACUGCCUCGUUGCAUCGAAGAUCCAGUGAUUCUGAUUUGAGCGUCACUCCGAAAGGCAACUCGUUCGGAGCAAAUGAUAGAUCAAUGACCGGAUUAUUGAGAACGUCUACUGCUGUGAUAAGAACUAUGAAUCAAGAUGCGUUUGAAAUGCUAGAAUACCCGUUCAUCACGAUGCAACAGUAUCCACCAGGAUUUAUUUUGCAUAUUGGUGGUCUUGUGAGUUCAAGGUCGGUUAAGCUUCUGGAGAGGAUCAGUAAUUUGGAAGAACCGGAGAGCCGCGAUGCCUGGUGGAAAGAAGUCAGGAUGGAAGUUCGGUCGCAUGCCAGAGCAUUAGCCUGCAAUGUAGUGAUCGGCUACAAAGAGGAAACCAGUAUUUGGAUACAGACAGCGUUUUUAUUAGCAAAGCACAGUCAGGAUCCGGUGUUAAUCCCGGGGAAGUGGAACGUGAGAAAAUUCAACAGAGAUCGGCACCGAUAAAAGUGGAGAAAAGCGACACGGACACGUCUGUGCCAGCUUUGACACAAACCGGCAAAGCAAGGCACACGUCGGAGAGCAAAGACCACGAGAGGGAGUUUCAAUUUCAAAGCAAGUGCAGCCUCUGUCAUUUACCGUACAAUGAAGCAAGCGUCCCGUUUCGGGUGAACGUGUCAAAAUGUGCCAUAUGCAAGCGUGUCAGAGUACCAGACGUGAUGUUCACCACCAUAGACUUACCAGAGAACGUUUUAACAACCGGACGAGGAUGCAUCAUUCAAGCAACCGCGUGCAAAGCCAAGAAGGAUCUCCGAGGGGAAUUAAAUGCCAAGGAGAUAUCGGAUUGCUUGCCGUUCUUAGAAUACGAAUUGCACAGUUUGCUGUUAAAUAAACUGAAGGUCAAAGGAAUGAACGCGAUAUUUGGCUUGAAACUGCAGGUAUCGGUCGGGGAACGACUGAUCAUUGGUAUGGCUGUGGGUACGGCUGUUUUCUUGGCUGCGUUACCUACACCCUCUAUUCCACAAAUUGCCUCUGGAAAUUCUUGGCAUAAAGAGGAACAGUUGGCAGAAAUCCAGAAGACUUUAGUCGAGACAGUCAAACAGAAUAGGGAGUUUUAUCGGCUGAAACCUGCUGGGGACGUUGAGAAUGGACGUGUCACGACUUCUGACACCGACGAGUCGGACGAUGAUCUCCCAGAUUUAGAUUUUAGCGUGGGGCCGAGAGACACCUGCGUGUUAGAAGUAGACGACAUAGAAGAUAUGGAUAGAAUAUCGUUACUGAUGGACGACAGACCACCGGAAGAUUUCCACGUAGUAAAUACUCAAACGAUCCCUGGUUUAGAUGACCUGGAGAUCGUGAGGAAUUUACAGAUGUUUGCUCAAAUUUCAAGGACGAAAAUUCCUGCUGGACAAUUUGCUUCGAUGCCUUCCAAAUAUUUUGCUAGAUUGCUUCAGUCUGUAUAUUUCAAAUUAAGAAGAAUGAUCCCCUGUGCACUGUGCGACAUGCAAUUUAAAUUGGCACUUCCCGAACCCGACGAGAUACAGUUCACAGUAAUUGGUAUGGCUCUUGGACUAGGUGAUCCUGUAAAAAUGAAUAAAUCUAAGAAAAAGCCGAUAAGCCAUUCUAUAAGUAAAGACCAAAUCAAAAAACAAGACGACAGUGAUAUGAUAUUUAAUCUUGAUGUGGAUCACGCUGAGGUUUCGUCGGAUAACGUAUCCAGUAGUAAUCUGAAUUCAGCUACUCUAGUCCAUGCACCAUCAUUGAGAUCCCGAACCCGUUCACCACUACGAUCCAAGGUUUAUAUAACACGUAGACACAAGCAUGUGCCUUUAAAAGGAAGGUAUGGUGUGGAUAUAACACCUCUGUCUUAUUUACCGGGUGGUCGCAUAGAAAGGUAUCUAGGAAAUUUGAACUUUUUCUUCAUUCGUGAGAGCACGUCCAUCAGAGAAAAUGGUGGUCUAAGUGGAUUUACCCAUAGUUUCGUGAUGGAAGUUUUAGCAAUCGUUCGCGCGCACAUUACAGCCUUGGGCGGUAACGCGAUGGUAGCAUUCUUUAUGACUAAAUGCGUACUCCUUCACAGUCCUCACAAGAACCAAGUGAGUUCUAAUUUACGAGUUAUAGUUUUAGUAAUAGUUUAUGAACGUAUAUUUUGAAUAUUUGUCAAAUUAUCACUCGAAAUUAUAUUCUAGGGUCAAUGUUUGAUAAACGUUGGCGGGGACGUGGUGUCUGUGUCCUAUUUCGCGGACGAAAAACAUUGUAGCGUUACAAAUUGCUGA